AAAACACACCAGUUCGCCAUCUUUACUUCAUAUUGCAAAAUAUACCAGGAAACAAGAUUCAUACCAGGCUACUAUAUUUCCUAGUGAUAUUACAUAAAGUCAUAAACGACGAAUGAAACACAGCCUGAUAGAAACGCAGAGACCUUUUAAAGCCCAGCUUUCGUUUACUGUGCGGUCGAAAAUGUAAUCGUUUUCGUGCCCGAAGAAGAAACGGCAACAACAAAAGAAUAUGACGAACGUUCGAUCAAGCAGUAUUUCACAUCGUGGUGGAGACUCUAUGCGCGAAAUUAAAGUGUGUUUGCUAGGGGAUACUGGUGUUGGAAAAUCAUGUUUGGUUUUGCGAUUUGUAUCAGAUAGAUUUGAAGACAGAUCGAAACCAACUAUUGGGGCUUCAUUUAUGUCAAAAAUGUUUGUUGCUGAUGAACAAGUUUAUAAAUUUCAAAUAUGGGAUACUGCUGGGCAGGAAAGGUAUCGAAGUCUAGCACCCUUAUACUACCGAGAUGCCAGCGCAGCCAUCGUAGUGUAUGAUAUAACUAACCAGAGCAGUUUCUUUGCUCUUAAAGAUUGGAUUAAAGAAAUUAAAAGAUAUGGACCUAAUGAAUGUGUCGUAGCAAUUGCUGGCAAUAAGUGUGACUUGGAAGACCAAAGAGAAAUUGCUACAGAAAGCGCAAGAGAAUAUGCUGAAAGUGUGGAGGCAAUUUUUGCUGAAACCAGUGCUUUGUCAGCUAGAAAUGUUCAAGAACUUUUUAUAGAAAUUAGUCGACGACUUCCACAACCAAAUUACGAGAAGGUCUCUACCCUUCCAACACUCACUGAACAGAAUACGGAAAGACAAAAAUCAUGUUGCUGAAGACAUGAUUUACCUUUGAAAUAAAUCUAGCGAAAAACCUCCCAAACACUGUGAAAUUUAGUUGCAUGAAAAAUCUAGUAAAAAUAACAAAUUUAUGCUUUAUCUAGAUUAUAUUAUGCAACUGAUCAUAAGAUUGAUAUUUUAUCCAGGUUAGAAUUGCAGCUAGUUUAAUUUGCACAACUGUCAAGAAACAUUUAAUGCAUGUUUCAUAUAAGUGUGUUUAACACUUAGAUACAUACAUGUUCAAAUGUGACAACAAAAAAAGUUUUUAACAUGCACCAAUUCUAACAUUUAUUCUUUAUUAGGUAGAUAAUUUAUAUGUGGUCAUUUAUUGACCCUAAUAUUAAUCGAAUGCAAUAUAUCCUGCAGUUUAAAUUUGUGCUGUGUUUGUCAUCAAUGUAUUUCUUAAAUGUUUAUAUUAUGUGGCAUUUUUGUGAAGUCUGAGUAUGUUAUGUAGAUUUUUGUUGCCUGCGAAAAUGUGUACAUCUUUUGAAUGCUGAAAAUAUAAAUUUAUGGGGACUGUUUUA